GGUUAUUACCCCAGGGACAAGGAAUAGGAUCAUUGGUUAAGUAUUUAGAUUUUGGGCUGUUGAGUGGAAAUUACAGUCAAUUUCAGCUGACUUUUCACCGUAAGAUUCCGAAGUUCAUUCGGAACUUCCAAAGUACAUUCCUUAUUUGGGAAGUUGGGCGUGAACUUCGAAACGAACUUCUGAAUGAAUUUCGUAAAUAUGAUUUACAAAAUAAGCGUGUGCAUGGUGUAUGUAACUAUCUAAAAUGGACGAGAUGUUGGAUUGGAUGCUCACCAUUCAAAGGGAAGUUGGAUGAUACAACCAGUGCGAAAGUGUUUCAAACAUUAAAAGCCAACGGCUUUAACACAACACUACAAUUAAAGUUGUUAACAAGGGAACAGAUUGAUGUUAUGUUUCAAACGGAUAUAUCUUUGGGCACCAAAAGUUUACUUCUUUAUAAAUUUGGAGUUCUUUGCGAGAAUUCCCCUUUACAACCGAUCGGAAACAUGAGGAAAAAGAUUCAAAAGAACGAAGAGGAAUCAUCUCAGCCUCAAGCUCGUAAAGUAAGUAAUUAAGUUGACUAUUUGAAAUUUACUGUAAAAACCCCCAGCAAGGUUUCAUGCAGUAGUUACACAUGAACAAAUUAUACAAAUAUAAUGCAAGCAGGGUUUCUAUAAACCUUUCCUAUGUAUACUUUUACAGAAUGUCUUAUCGGCAUUACAAACACAGGCUGAUGUCCUGAAAGAUAAAAUAGAAAACCAACGCGCUGAAUGCAGAGAGCUUCAAAUAAAUAUAGAUUCAAUGGACAUUGUUGUGCGACCACUGGAAGCCGUAAGUCGUUUGUGGCCAUUGUCACCACAAAGGACACAGAAACCAAGGCACAAAUCCUUGUCGUCUGACGAAAUGUACGGAUUAUACGUACUGUGGGGUAAAAGAGAAACACCCUGAAUAUUUCCAGAAACUUAAUGCCAUGAAAAUGGAACUAAGUAAACGAAAGGCAGCGAUAAACGACCUUGAUACCCAAGUAGCGUGA